AUGCAAAUCUUUAUUCGAGGGUUGACAGAGCCAGACAUCAUAACUCUUGAGGUAGAGUCCUGGGAUACGAUUGAACAUGUCUACGACCAGUUGAUCGGCUACGACUUUGAUGACAGUAACCAAUUCCUCACGUACGGCGGCAAAAGACUUUACAGAAAUCGUAUAUUAGCCGACUAUAAUAUCUCCAAAGAGUCCACUCUCAGUGUGGUAACUCAACGCCUACCCAGAGAUUACACAUCACUCAUGUCAUCCUUUCCUCCUGAGACAACUGAAUUGACCGAUGAAGCUACCCUAGACGCGACUCGCGAUGCCUGGAAAAAACUGGCUAAAGAGUGUGAUUUCGACGAUGAUUUGCACAUUCUAGACCCUCUCGCCUACUACAGCAAGCUUGAACUUGUUGAAUCAAGGGUUGUAGAGUCUUCCGAGCUUGUCCGCUCAAAAGGUACCUACGAUUUUGUGGAUGAUGAGCCUCAUGACGCAAGUGGUGGGGCAUUUCAAGAACUGGAAGAUCAGCACAACAUGAUUCUAGCCAUGAUUUUGGGCGAACGUGCGACAACAGUAACUCAACCUGAAAACCGAUGGCAACACAUUCACAGACAUCUUCGAAGUCUGUACAAGACAUAUACCAUUGUAGCGCAGGUCUCAAAGUCCAUUGAAGAUCUGAGGUCGGCUAGUAUGUGUGGGGAGUUCUUCAGCGUCCUGCGAUACAGAAAGCACGAGCCAGAACUUGCAGAGUUGAUUCGAAUUCCUUGCAAUCUGAUUGACGGCUUUAGGGAUGCUCUUUUGGUAGUCUUGUUGAAGUUCUCUGAAGAAGCGCAGGACGACCCCGAAGUUGUCAUAUCCGCCAACGUCAUGCCAAUCUGUCUUGAGAUUCAAACACUACUCGAGUUACCAACCCCUUCAGAACCUGAAGCCCUUCUCUUUUGUAGAGCAAUCGCUUUCAUCUUGGACUUGGCACUGGUUUCUUAUGUUGGAUCACAUGCAGAGCGUUUUGAUCUCACCCACAUCAAUAAGCCUCUCCAAGACAUUUUCAUUAAUGGUGCUGUGUUGGACCUGUUUGAUGUUCACCUAAGUCUUGCCGGCCUUGCUUGUUUGGACGGAUUCUUGAACGGGCGUAAGGUGUGGGUACUUAGUCUUCCGUCGGACCACACAUCACCUAGUCACCUUCAAGGAAAACGUCUCCAUAUUCUCACCAAGAUAGACGUUUUUGCCGAUGUAUGGGGCCCAGUAUGGACCCUGCAAGAUAAGGACUCUUCCGAGAUCAAACAAUUCAACCUCUCGACCGGUGUCAUCAUUCCUAAACUAACACGACAGAAGCUAAUCCAUCUAGAUGCCCUCCCUUGCCAUUGGUACAGCUCAAAAAGAUUUUUGGCCAGGAAAUAUUUUCCGUCGCCAUUUCGUGGAUCUUCUACUCUAACGAUGGCACUCGAUUCUCUUCUGCUGAUUGGGAACAACAUACGCGAAAACAACGAAUGCGACUAUAUGUUGAACGAUUUUCAAGCGGACUAUGAAGAUUGCUUUAAGCCAUUGGAGGUGAAGGAAGGCGGGUGGGCUUGGGAUACGCGUGGAGUUCAAACAAGCUUUGGCUUUUCCAAGAUAGUUACUGGAUCUGUCGGAGUUUCUGGUACCCAAAAGCGACAACCAGCUGUUACGCGAAGACAGGCCAUUAUCAGCAAAUGGAAGAACAAACCCGAGAAAGCCAAUGCUGCUGUCCUGAACCUGGGCCUUGCAGUCGAGAUCAGCCACUGUACUGGCAAUGCUCGACGAAUUUCUCUCCGAAAGCUUCUCACUUUGCCAAUUUUCUGGAAUUUGCUCGAUCAACAAUCUCCUAGAUGGUGGGAGUCCCCUUGGGGUGAAAGAUUCAAAGCCGCCUUGGAGAGCGAUUCGGAUAAAGUCAUCGUUGAUGUCUUCAAACAGUGCAAACCACAUCGAAAGCAGAUGGCAGACCUUGUCUGCUCAGUCCUGGAACUUCUUGAUGAUACUGGAUAUGAUGGGGACAGAUUCACGGCAGCCUUUCUCAAUAACAACCAGGAAUGUUUGAUUGAUAUUGAGCCCAAAAAAAACGAAUGGAUGAAGAUGCUUGGCUCGUCUCCUUAUACUACAGCAUACUCAUUCAUCAACAACGUUUGUUUGGAGUGUCAUACUCCGGAUCAUAGUACGGCGACCCACGACUCUAACAAAUCAUAUACUGUCCUACAAACUAGAAUUUGGGCACGAUCGAGCUUCCCAGAUACCCACCAUGUCAAAGUCAAACCACACGAACAAACUGCCAAGAUUCUUGAUAGAAGUGCUUCCAAUGGACUUUUCGUCACCCCCGAUACAUGGGUAUUCUCGGCUAUUUCCAUGUUCAACCCGUAUCUUCCAGUCGUUUGCGAACUUUUUGAUAGGUCUCCAUUACCAGUUGCCAGGGCCAAUCGAGCUAUCGAAACAUACGUCAGAGCUUCAUCUAAGAGCUUUGGGGGUAUGAAAUUUGCCCGUGAUAGGACACCUGUUAUCGACACAGCAGUGGAAAAUGCACCUCAGGAGAAUGCACCACCAUUGAAUGCAGUACCAGAUAAUGCUAGAGUGUUGUUUUCAGUAGCGCUCAGCCCAACUUCAACAGCAUUGCCUCUUCCGAAUACAUUGGGCUCCCAAUUCGAAGUUCUGAUGGACCCUCAACAGACCUCAUCAGAUCUACGGAAGGGAAUGAUACGUUCACUUACUGCGGGACAGUCAGCACCAGAAGAACAACCUCCAAAUCAAUUGACCGUCACCCCUUCAGCCGACAUCACCGCGAUUACGUACAACGAAUCAGUUGCUGCUGAAGCUUCAACGCAAACUAACAUAACUUGA